UCUGUUAUGCAUUCUCCUGUUGGACUUUCGUGAGGUAGGGUUUUGAAUGAGUGGCUAAGCCUUCUGCGCAUCCUUCGACGGCGUUCCUUCCUAUCGAACCAGAAGUCGAGAAAGCUCGCCGUUCUUCCUGUUGGACCGAACGUAGCGACGGGAGCUCGCUCGCUGUGAAGGACUUCUGGUUAAACAGCUCGAGUUAUACCUGCCCGAGGGCACCGCCGUGACUUUGUGGAGACAGCAAGAGGCAGCAUGGCUACGACCGACAAAAGGCCGCCGCUUUCACUCGAUAAGAAGAAUAAAGAAACGAAGAAGAAGAAGAGUAACGAAGAUGAUCGGUCAAUGCGUGAAAAGAACAAAAUGGGGCGGGAGAUUGAGGAAAUUUUUAGGGCUAACAAGAAAAAGAGGAAGGAAUCCCCCGGAGUUGCGGGGCAAAGUUCAGCAAAAGCGAGGGUGGGAACUGGAAAAGAGCAAAAGAAGGUUAAUAAGAAGCAAGUGGUGAAGGACGAGAAGGAGAAGAAAAAGAACGGAUUUCCUGUGGAUGAGAGUUCAGAGAAUCGCUCUAAGCGGAGGAAGACUGCGGAUGGGUUUGCUAUCUACUCCACAGAGGAGCUUGGUAUUGGGAAUCCAGAUGCCGGUAACACGCCUCUUUGUCCUUUUGACUGCUCCUGCUGCUUCUGAGGCUUGUUGUAAGUUACCAAUUUUAUGCAAAUGUUUAUCGUUUCUCUUCAAUUUUUUUGUCAUUUUAAGCAAAAAAUGUUUCUUUUUUAUUCUUUUCUUGUGGUAUUUAAUUGUGUUUACAAUUGUUGGAUGUUAGUUCUAUUAACAUAAAUCUUAUUUUGUUGAAAUUA